AUGACCGUCCUCCCCCUAAACCCAGAAGUCACCCCCAGCAAGCCAGCCCAAACCAAGUCAAGCCACGCUACGCCACGCCAAGCCAAGCCAAACCAAGUCAUGCCACGCCAAGCCAAGCCAAGCAAGCCAAAGCCAAAGUCAAAGCCCAAACCAAGUCAUCCAAGCCACGCCAAGCCAAGCCAAGCCAAGCCAAACCAAGUCACGCCUAGCAAGCCAGCCAGCCCAAACCAAGUCAUGCCACGCCAAGCCAAGCCAAGCCAAACCAAGUCAUGCCACGCCAAGCCAAGCCAAGCCAAAGCCAAAGUCAAACCCAAACCAAGUCAUGCCAAGCCACGCCACGCCAAGCCAAGCCAAACCAAGCCAAACAAGUCACGCCUAGCCAAGCCAGCCAGCCCAAACCAAGUCAUGCCACGCCAAGCCAAGCCAAACCAAACCAAGUCGCCAAACCAAGCCAAGCCAACCCAAACCAAGUCAAACCAAGCCAAAGCCAAAGCCAAAGCCCAAACCAAGUCAGCCAAAGCCAAACCAAUGCCACGCAAGCCAAGCCAAGCCACGCCAAGCCAACCAACUCAUGCCAAGCCAAGCCAAACCAAAUGCCAACCCAACCCAACCCAACCCAACCCAAAGCAAGUCAUGCCAAGCCAAGCCAAAGUCAAAGCCCAAACCAAGUCAUGCCACGCCAAGCCAAGCCAAGCCAAGCCAGUUCAAACCCGCGCACAUUCCCGAGAGCCUGUGUGUCCGCCCUUCUCCGGCAGAAUAACGCCCACAAGACAGAACGAGAUCCGCCAACAACGACGACGCAAACCUCCACCAAAAUUCCAACACAACACCACGAAAACACCACGACGAGAGCGCCACAAGAUCCCACGAAAACAGACGGAAAACACCACGGAAUCCCAUGAAAACACAGGGAAAGCGCCACCAAGAUCCCACGAAAACAGACGGGAAAACACCACCAAGAUCCCAUGA